AUGGCUCCUGCUCUGAUUGAAACCCCCCAAGAUUCGGGCGCCGAGAAGAUUUACGUCAAGACCCAACUCCAGGAUGGAUACAAGGAGGCCUUUGCUCAAGGUCCCAAGACAACAAACUGGGACAAUGAACUGAAGGGAGUCGGCAAACACCCUCCGGCCAAGUAUCCACACUACCUGCCGGUGUGGGAUAACGAAAAGGACAUCGGAGGAAAGUACCCUCCCAACCAGCCAUUCGAGGCCUAUGAACAUGGAAAAGAUGCCGAUCCAUCUUUCCAGAACUUGCUGAAGGGGGCUACUUCAGUCGAAGACCUCACUGCCAAUAUCGGAGCAGAAGUCAAGGGUGUGCAGCUCAGCAAACUUGACAAGGCUGGCAAGGACGAACUCGCCCUCUUCGUCGCACAAAAGAAAGUAGUUGAUCAAUCAGCUUUCCGCGACCAGGACUUUGCAGACCUACCAAUCCAAGAGGCUCAGGACUUUGCCGAGUACUUCGGUCCCUCACACAUUCACCCUGCCUCUGGCGCACCAAAGGGCUUCCCCAAGGUCCACUUGGUCCACAGAUCCGCUGCAGACACAACCGCCAAAGAUUACUUCGAGGAGCGCACCAACAGCAUAACCUGGCACAGCGAUGUGACCUACGAGCAACAGCCCCCAGGCACUACCUUCUUGUACAUCUUGGACGGCCCCUCAGCAGGUGGUGAUACCUGUUUCGUCAACCAGGCAGAAGCCUACCGCAGACUAUCUCCAGAGUUCCAGAAGCGUCUGCACGGUCUCAAGGCUGUUCACUCUGCCCAUGAGCAAGCGCAGAAUGCUCUCGCUCGUGGCAGCAUUGUCAGACGUGAUCCUGUCGCCAACACUCACCCUGUAGUCAGAACACACCCGGCCACAGGCGAAAAGGCUUUGUUCGUGAACCAGCAGUUCGUGAGACGCAUUGCAGGAUACAAGAAAGAAGAGAGCGAUUACUUGCUCAAGUUUCUUUAUGAUCACAUCGCCUAUUCGCAAGACAUCCAAGCCAGAGUCAAGUGGGCACCUGGAACAGUCAUCGUUUGGGACAACCGUGUCACUGCUCACACCGCCAUUCUGGACUGGCAGGAUGGGCAGAGACGCCAUCUUGCUAGAUUGACCCCUCAAGCUGAAGCACCAUAUGAGACUCCUUUCGAAGGAUGA